CUUUGCUUAAAAAUAGCGGCCAGUGAAUAGAAUAAAACAAAAGUAAAAAUUCUUUGGAAAUAAAUUAAAGAGAGGUGGUAGUGAACUUUCCGUUGUUUCCUGAGUUACAGUAAACGCGUUUGUGUAUGAAUGAAGUUCGUAGCCGUGGCGUUGUAGUGUAAGGUCUAUGAUGUUGACAAAGCUGCCGUAUUGGUAGUCGAAGUGACGGAUGAAAUUUGUGUACCGUAUAAUAUGCGUUAUGAAAGAUUGGAACCCGAAAAACCACUGCUUUGAGAUAUCAGGAAAGAUUGUUGCACGUAGCAGAGAGAAGUUCCACCCCUAUGUCAAACACCACAGGGAAACUGAGAGGUCCUGGACGACCUCCGAAGCCCAGAACCUCAUGUACGUGGUGCAAUGAAAAUAAACUCCCGUUGAAGUAUAUACUUCCCACUCAACAUGCUAAGAAAGAAUUCUGCUCUGAAACUUGUUUGUCAGAGUUCAGAAAAGCAUAUAUUAAGGGAGCUUGCUUGGUGUGCGACAAUGUUAUACGUGGAACACCUGUUCGGCUUGAGCAACAGGGUGGCCCAACAAAGGACUUCUGUAGCACUUUCUGUCUUAACAAGCACACAAAGAAGGAGCAAGCUGCUCAGCUAGCAGAUCAAAAGAGAGUUACAGGGUCUGAUCAACGGACAAUAAAUUCGCCUCCCACGGCUACUGUGCAGUCUGUGCCUCCAGCAUCACAGCUUGAUUCCACAAACAGCACAUUUGAUUGGGAUUCUUAUCUUAAAGAAACAAAUAGUGUCGCAGCUCCUCCAGAAUUUUAUAAGCAGGCUCUCACUCCGCCAACUAACGACUUUCAGAUUGGAAUGAAACUAGAAGCUUUGGACCCAAGGAACUUGACUUCUACAUGUAUUGCUUCUGUUGUUGGUAUUCUUGGACCACGUUUGCGCCUAAGACUGGAUGGAAGUGACAACAAGAAUGACUUUUGGCGUUUGGUGGAUUCAAAUGAAAUACACCCAAUUGGACAUUGUGAGAAACAUGGUGGAAUGUUACAGCCGCCACUAGGUUUCCGGAUGAAUGCUUCAUCCUGGCCAAUGUUCCUUCUAAAAACCCUCAAUGGUGCAGAAAUGGCACCAGCAAAGAUCUUCAAGAAGGAACCCCCAACACCAAGAAGCAAUCAGUUUCAGAUUGGAAUGAAACUGGAAGCAGUUGACAAAAAGAAUCCCCAACUCAUUUGUGCAGCUACAAUUGGUGCUGUUAAGGGGGAAAUGAUCCAUGUCACUUUCGAUGGUUGGAGAGGUGCCUUUGAUUAUUGGUGCCGUUUUGAUUCGAGAGACAUCUUCCCUGUUGGUUGGUGUGCAAAAAGUGGCCAUCCAUUGCAGCCACCUGGGCAAAAGACAGCCCAUGGAGCAAGUCGGUACAAAACCAGAGUGUGCAAUAUUCCUCCACCACUUGCUGUUUCAUGUGGUGCAACCUCAUCUGAGCAGGUGUUGCCAGGCAGCAGUGUUGGAGAAAAGGAAUCAUCUGUGACAGUUACUGAGCCAGACACAUCAAGUUCACAAAAGCAGCCAUCUGCAUUUUGCAUAUUCAUUAACCAUGGCUGCACAUGUGGUCCAUAUCUGGAUCCACGUAAAGUAUCAGAAUUGCCGGUGAUGUAUAAUGCCAAGAACAUAAACAGAUUACUCAGAGACUUUGUGCAGUCUCUUGUAGAUGCUGCAUUAGAUCAGAAGCAAAUAUUUGGCAUUUUGAGACAAGGUGAAGGAAAGGUUGUUAUAUCAGUUGCCUUCGACAGUAAAACUGUUGAUGUCCGUCUCCCAGCCAUUGAGAAGAUGUCCGAUUUGUGGAGUUUCUUGGAAAUUCUUUUCGAGGAACUCAUGUGCUGUGAAAAUUUUUGUACAAGCCGGCCUCUGGGAGGUUUGUGCCCCAAGUGUUCAAAGCAGUUAACGCCACCGGCACCUAAGACAGAAGAUUGUGAAGUGAGCACUGAAGGUGGCUCAGAUAGCAGUACAGCUGUGAAACGAAGGUGGUCUUCAGAAAGCUCAGAUUCAAGUUCUCGUCCUGGACAGAGUCCAACAACAGCAGCGGCAGCAAGCACAACUACUGCAUAUUCAUCUGUGGCAUCCACAACAGCACCAUCAGCUAAGCAGCCUAGAAAAUCUGUUCCAGCAGAACUAGAAGCAGCAACUUCAACCACUCACUCUGAAGCACCACCAAAAACACCAACAGACCCGUCUGAAUGGUCCAUAGAGGAUGUAAUACAGUACAUUGCCUUUGUAGAUCCAGCUUUGGGAACACAUGCAGAACUGUUCAGAAAACAUGAAAUAGAUGGGAAAGCUCUGCUUCUCUUAAAUUCAGAUAUGAUGAUGAAGUACAUGGGUUUGAAGUUGGGGCCUGCUCUAAAAAUUUGCAACUUAGUCAACAGGAUAAGAGGAAGAAGGCACUUACCUUUAUGACAAUAAUGGAAACCUUCUCUUAUGAAGGUUUCAAUUUCUUUUGGAAAAUGGAUACUGUGGUCAGUAAAGAAAGCCUUGAAGCAAACUUGUAUAUCAUUGCAGCUUAGUUGUAGUGUGAUGGCAGCUCAUGUGCCUGAAGAAGAGAACCUACAGAAAUAAGGAAAAUUUUGUUUUUGUGCACAUAUGUCAUCAAUCUGCAUGUUUGUACACCAUAGCCCAUAAGGAACUGAAGCCUAUCUCAGUAUGAGAGGAGUAGUUUGUGUUAACAAAUUUUUGUAUGUAUGUCUAUGGCAACCAUUUGGCCAUUUUGUCUGUUUUCAGAUUUUUUAAUUUUUAUAGAUACAUAUAAUUAUUUUAUUAUAAUUGAAGCCAAUGGUGCACUGUUCAGAAUAGCUCCAUGGAUAAUUUAUUUUACAUGUUGAUUGAUGAUGACCGUUAUAAAUCGAAACAGUAAUUUCAAGGACACCUUAGGUGAUUAUCAUUGGUGAAAUGUGUAUGUAUUUUGAAAUACAGCACAAGUAAUGCAUUACAGGAAUACUAAUUAUGAUGAACCAAAAUUCUGAGUAGGUAUGUGGAGUUUUAUUAAUACAGCAAGCAGAACUGUGUAGAGGCUGGCCUCGUCACUGAAUGCCAGAUAUCCGAGUGCCCAUUUCUGUUACUCAUAUUUUAAUUUUUUACUGUAAUUAAAAUAUUUGUCUUAACAUUUCUCACUGUAGAUUGAGUAAUGGACAGUUUAAAGAUUAUAUAUUUUACUUGGGUAUGAAACUUGUGGUUUGAAGAGCUCAGAAUUUUUCACAUUAUUGUUUGUGAUAAUUAAAAAAAAUUGUCUACAUUGUUAUAAUUUGUUGAUCAUGUACAUUAUAUUUUUUGAGCUUGAUUUGUGGAUAUAGAAAUAUGAACAUUCGUGUAAACUUGAAUAGGAUUCUAUGUGCUCCAUUUUUUUUUUUUCUUACAUGUUGUUUUUAAUUUUUGUGUAUUUUAUUCCUUUCUCACAAUGAGAAUGACAGACAGUGGUAGAACCACAUUUUAUUCAGAUGGACAGAAGCAAGUUGCAUUUGAGUCAUGGGAAGUCCAAGGUAGGAAUAAUAUUUGAAUAGGUUGAUGAUGGAUCACAAAAAUGUUAGAUGAACUGAAAAAAAGGUCUACUAUUUCCUCUCCUCCCUUUCUCUUUUUUGCAGUUUGGGGGAUAAUAUUUAUAUGUAUUUGGCUCUUUUAUUGUUGCCAUUGUAUGGUCCUGUUUCUUAAGCAAGCCUUUCUGCUGCACAUUGGCCUUGUGUGUUCUAUGUCACAUGUGCACCACAUUUAUGUGUAAGCCUACAGUAUGGUGGAAGCUCAUCUUAGGAGAGAGAUGGCUGCCAAAAAUUAUGAAUAAGAGGGACAUGAAGGUGCAAACACAACUCUAUGAAAAAAUGUGGAUAUUUCUUUUCACAGAAACUGAUGACGUACAUACAUGAGUAGCUUUUGCAUUGAGUUAAACAAUCUGCAGAUAUCAAAAGUUACCUGAUCUGUUAAGGUACAUAUCCUUCACACAUUACAUUCUUCCUACUUCUAAUUGGGGAACUUCCUGUAAAAAAAAAAGUGAGACUUCAAAUAAAAUACUGUGUUGAUUUC